AUGGCGAUGAUACAGGCAAACAGACUGAAGAAGGUCUUGGACAACGGAGAUAAGGCCUGGGGCAUCUGGCAGACCAUCCCAGGAACCAAUGUCUCGAGGGCUUGUGCGAAUAGCGGAGUGGACUGGGUCCUUGUUGACUGUGAGCAUGGGAAUAUCGCUGAUGCCGCUAUGCACGAGUCCGUAGGAGCCAUUGCUGCAACUGGGGUGAGUCCGAUUGUCAGGAUACCUGACAACCAGGGUUGGCUCGUAAAGCGUGCGCUGGACUGUGGAGCCCACGGAGUACUUGUCCCUCUCCUGAACACAGUUGAGGAUGCUGAGAAACUCGUCAAAUCUGCCAAGUUCCCACCUCAAGGUAUCAGAGGCUUUGGCUCUCCAUUCUCCCAGGGAGCCUUUUCUGCAACGAUGACAGCUGGGGAGUAUCUUGUCCAGGCCAACUCCGCUCUCCUCACAAUCGUCCAAAUUGAGACUGCCGAGGCCCUGGCGAACGUUGACGGGAUCGCGGCAGUCCCUGGCGUGGAUGUCCUCUUUGUGGGGCCAUUCGACCUUGGAAAUGCACUGGGUUAUCCGAUUACGGGCCGAACAAUGCACCCGGAGCUGGAGGCUGCUAUUGCAAAGGUUCUAGCUGCUGCGCAAAAGGCGGGUAAAAAAUCGGGGAUUUACACCCCAAGUGGUGAACAGGCGAAUAAGAUGGCCAGGCUGGGCUUCGACAUGAUCAAUAUCACGGCAGACGCGAUUGCGCUGGCGGUGUUUUUGGGGUCAGAAGUAGGCAAGGCUAAAGGUGGGCAGUCAACUGAGAAGAUGACCGGACCAUAUGGAAAAUAG